AUGAGGAAACAACAUACCACUCUCUGUGUUUGUAAACUCUGUCUAAAACACCUGCAGAUCUUCUCCCAUGAGAGGAAGUGGUAUAACAGGAAGGAUCUGGCACGUCACCGUACCCACGGUGACCCCGAUGACACAUCUCACCGCGGACACCCGCUCUGCAAGUUCUGCGACGACCGUUACCUUGACAACGACGAGCUGUUGAAACAUCUCCGUAGAGACCAUUACUUCUGUCACUUCUGUGAUGCUGACGGAGCCCAGGAGUACUACAGUGACUACCAGUACCUGAGCGAACACUUCCGGGAGGCCCACUACCUGUGUGAGGAGGGGCGCUGUGCUACGGAGCAGUUCACCCACGCCUUCAGGAGCCAGAUCGACUACAAGGCCCACAAGGCCUCRGCACACAGCAAGAACCGGGCCGAAGCACGACAGAACCGACACAUAGACCUGCAGUUCAGCUUUGCCCCGCGCCAGACCCGACGCAACGAUGGAGGCAUGGUAUCUGGAGAGGACUAUGAGGAGGCGAGGUCGGGUCGGGGGGGAAGAGGAAGGAGCCAAGGAAGCCAACAGAACACCAGAGGCAGCUGGAGAUACAACCGUGAGGAGGAGGACAGGGAGUUUGCAGUAGCAGUCAGAGCCUCUAUGAUGCAGCAGAGGAGACAGGAGGACAGAGGAGGAGACACCCAGGAGAGGAGUGGAGCGCCCAAACACCGCAAAGAGGAGCGGAUGGAGAGAGCGCCGGGAGCGGAUGGAGAGGCCGGAGCGGAUGGAGAGGCCGGAGCGGAUGGAGAGGGCCGGAGCGGAUGGAGAGGCCGAGGCGGAUGGAGAGGCCGGAGCGGAUGGAGAGGCCGGAGCGGAUGGAGAGGCCGGAGCGGAAGAUGGAAGCCGGAGCGGAUGGAGAGGCCGGAGCGGUGGGAGACUGAGGAGAGACACAGGAGUGUUCCUAUCAAACCUCCAGCAGAAGCUCCCCCAGUGAGGACCAUGAAGAGUAACCCUCUGACAGGAGACGACUUCCCAGCUCUCCUGGGGCGGCAGCACCCACACUGA